GAACCAGGUCUUCAGUUUCAUGCGAAAUGAAAUUCAUACCUUUACUAGACAUCCUUUUAGCUUUUUUUGAUUGUUUGGGCAAAAAACUUCUAAAAGCGACUACGACUACGACUACGACCAAAGGGAUAUUCAUAGACGUUUGUCGUUUAAAAAAGGAACAUGUGCAUAUUAGAACGGUGUUUUAUUAUAGCAUUUAAUGAUUUGGCGUUUAGAAUGACUACAAAAGCUAUAAAGAUCACUGGCGAGUACAUCAUUACAGGCAUCGCCAAUCCUACUAGAUAAGUUUUCUUCACUCAUAAGCCGAUCACGCUUCAUUUUCCCUUUAACUAUUGUCCAAAAUUGUUCAAUGGGGUUCAAUUCAGGUGAAUAAGGAGGUAGAUACAUGAAUUUGUAGCCUUUACUUUCAAUUUUCCGUAACAUCGGCUUGGAUUUAUGGAUAGAAGCAUUAUCCAUAACGAUGUAACUUCCCUUAAAAGUUUCAUCAAGAUCCAUUACACUAAGAAGCUCGUUCAUAAACUUGAUAAAAUGAGCAGUAGCCGUGCCUUUUGGUGUUGGCUUAUUAUCGGCAGGAUCGUCGUCAACUUCUGGAUCCUUUGUACUAGUCUCGGUUGCGGUUCUCUUCUUUCCAUUAUUAGCUUUUUUUUUUUUCUCUUGCAGCCUGUGUUUUUUUCUCUUGGUGGAGGUUUUCUUAUGACAACGUGAA